AUGGCGUCCUCCUCGGCGGGCGCAGGCGCAAACGGCGGUGGCGCUAAUGGCGGCGACAACUACUCGUCCUUCCCCGCCGUCAAGACCGAGGAGCUCGUCGCCGUCCUCAACGAAAUGGGCCUCCUCAUCGGCGCAGAGGACAUCGUCAAGCCACAGGGCCACGUCGCCCACCGCGUCUUUGUCGCCUUCCUCGAGUGCCUAAGCGGCACAAACCAGGAACUCAUGGAGAGGACAAGGCAGUCGACCCUCGCUCAGACAGAGUACAAGGAGAUGUACGAGGAUGGCCUCCAAUUCCUUAUGCUCUUCCGCGAAGUCCGCGAGAUGAUGGCGGCGGCCACCAUCACCGACUUCCACCUCCAGGAUAUGACACGGCCCAACCCCAAGCGCUUCAAGCGCCAGAUGUCGGCCCUCGUCAACUUUUACCGCUUCCGCUCUGACCGCAUCGCAGAGUUCGAGGAGCUCAUCACAAAUUCCGAGGACCUCGAAACCAGGCGCAACGAGCUCGAGGAUGAUAUUGAUCAGAACCGCUCAGAGCUCGACCGGAUCAAGCGGCAACGCGAGAUUGACGAGCCAAAGGUGCAGGCGCUCAAGGCGACCAACGCCCAGGUGACUGAGAAGCUCAUGCAGGCACGCAGGCUGCAGGACCGGCUCAUCAACGAAAUCGACGUCCACAAGUCGGACCGAGAGCAGCUGGUGGCCAAGCAGCAGGGCCUGUUUGAGGAGAAGCUGCGGCUGACGGAGAAGCUCACCUACCUCAAGGCCCGCGUCGUGUCCAGCCCGAAAAAGAUGAAGAGCACCGUCACCGAGCUCGUCGAAAAGGUCAACCAGGACACGCUCAGCCUCUCGGAGAGCGAGAAAAAGGCGCGCGACUACGAAGAGAGGCUCGAGGUGCUCAACAACCUCGAUGCGGACCUCGAGGCGUGCCUGGUGGCCAUGGAGCAGGUCAACGCCGAGCUGCUGCGGACGUCGGGCGAGGAGCGCGACUUUGAAGACACGGCAGCGCUGUGCGAGACGCGCAACCACGAGUCUGAGCAGCUCGAGCACCAGCUGCAGCAGACGACGCGCAAGGUGACGCUGGCCAUUGAGAAGAUCGAGCGGUCGAAGAAGCUGCUCGACGGCAAGAUGGAGAUCCACGCCCAGAAGAUGGAGGCGCUGUCCGAGGAGCUCGAAAAGAUCAAGGCCGUCAAGCAGGAGCGACUGGCCCUCGCAGACAUCCGGCUCAACGAGGGUGACCAGAUCGAAGACAAGAUCAACGAGCUGCGCCUCAUGUACGACGACUACUGCUCGAGGAUGCACCGGCAGAAAGAGUCGAUCGAAAAGGCCGUCACCGUGUACAUCAGCACGCUCACCAACACGCUCGACCUGGACCGGUUCGAGGAUGCGACAUCGCUGCAGGUCUAG